AUGCCGAGUGGCCUUUUCGUCUGGAACAAGAAAUCAUACGCGUGGUUGCAACACUACAAGAAACUCCGUACCUUCGUUAUCCAGCAGCAUGGCCUUGCUCAAAUGAACGAGCAAGCAAGUCGAUUCUUCUUGUUGUGGAGCGGUAGACCUGUGUCGUGUUCAUCAGCCCCACAUCUUCUUCGACGGUUCUUCAUAACGAUAAAUUGCGAAGAAAUGAAGAUCACCUGUAUUUCGGUCACUCCGAAGAAUGUCCAAGCGCGUCAUUAUGAAGACAGCUGGGCAAAGUCCGCUGUGAAGGGAUACCGUAUUGUGAAGCUGUUAGCCGAAAGACAGAAAGGACUAUUCGGGGCCGAUAUAGCGGCGGCUGAACGGCGCGUAAAACUUUGUGGGAAAUACGAUCCCUCCAAUGAGGUCAUUCCAUUCGACGCGGAUAAUCAGCUGAGUAAGCUGCUCAUGGCAGCUUACGGAGAUGCAUAUCAUAGGAAGAGGAAAGCGUCGGUGGUGAUUGUGCUGAAACCGGCAGUCGGUAUCGCAGCAGUGGUACUUCUUGGUGAGGCCAUCUCACCAAGUUCACCACAAAGAAAGAAGUUCACAAAUGACGGUGCUCAGCGCUCGAAUCCACGAUGGGAUACAAAAGCCGACCAACCACUGCUGAAGAAGCCACGAACGCGUUCUACAACAAUGCAGUCGGCUCACGUCUACAAAGUGUUGGCUAUUUUGGUGCUUUUCUGCACCAAAGAUACGAGUGGAGAAUUCGGUGCGUACGCGCCAGAGUUCGUGCAUAUUCCUGCACAGAUCAAUGGAGCAAUUCAUGAUGAAUUGCUACGUAAUGGUCUCUACGCAGAAAUAAUUGGCGAAGUUGCAGAUAGGAAAGAAGCUUGUGGAAUAGUGCUACUCGACUACACGGCUUAUGUUGACGGGCAUCUGUUCGAGGCGGCAAUAAAACCACUUGAAGAUUAUAUGCUGGCAGCAGAUAUGAGACCCACCACCGCCUUGAAUAAAACUCUUCGAUCGGAGGUGUAUAAGACGAUGAAGGCAACAGCAUUGGCGGGGCACAAAAGUGAAAUGAGAGCUCUUAUUCGACAUGCGCCGCAACUCCACCCCUUUAUUCAG